AUGUCAAAAAACAAGACUGAAGAGGAAGGAGCCAACGAAUUUGGUGAGUUCCUAAAUUACGAUGGCGUUGAAGGUGGAACUACUGUUACCGAAGCACACGCCAGCACCACCCUUGAAAUCUCAACGCAAUUUACAAGCUUAGUUACCGAGCCGGUAGUAGAGGAAAAGGCAGAAGCUGACAAGGAUCAGAAUCCCGAAGGUGAACAACCUCCUUCGGCAGAAAAGGAGAACCCCGAGCAAACAGAACACACUGAUUUGGGACAUGCAAACGGGAAUGCAGAAAAAAAGGAAGAUAAUGAGGAGGAAAAGAAAGAGGGUGAAACGGAGGAGGUUUUUGAGGUUGAGGCUAUUCUUGGUCAUAAAAAAAAUAAGAACGGGGUCAAGUAUCAUAUUAAAUGGAAAGGUUACUCGGUUGAUGAUAGUACCUGGGAAAACGAAGGCGACGUUUAUGCCGAAGAGCUUUUAGAGGAUUAUUGGUUAAAACAUGGGAAUGAACAAUCAGAAGAAACAUCGGCUUCACCACCGAAACGCAAGGCAGGUGGAAGAAAACGUGCAGCACCACAACCCAUAUCUCAUAAAGAUUCCAAGAAAACUCGUGUUUCAAGUAAACCUCGAGCAUCUAGGAUUAAAUCAGAUGACGAUGGUGCACAGGCUUUAGAAAGCUGGGAGGAUCAGGUUAUAGCGGUGGAGACCGUCACCCGGGAUGACAAAACAGGAGAUUUGCUCGUCUAUCUUAAAUGGAAUAACGGUGAAACGUCGAGACAUCCUGCGAAGGAUGUUAAUAUGAGAUGCCCUCAAAAAAUGAUCAAAUUUUACGAACAACGGUUAACUUUUGCCCCCCCUGCUGCUCAUAAGAGUUAA